UUGUCACAUGAAAUAACAGCAUGCGGUUUUGCACAUGAGUGUGGCAGGUCGUUCUGUUACCUGUAGCAUUUCAGGGUGUUAGCUCGUCGCAUUAAUUGCAGUUUUUAAAUAAUGUCUAAUAGCGAGAAAGAUAACGUUGAAAAUGCAGACCACGCUAGUUUGAUGAAUUAUAACCGUACAGCGUACGGGCAUGAUUUUGUUCGUGAUAAUGUUACAAGAUAUGUCAAACAGUUCGAGCGGGGCAAAGAGGAAUCGGAAAGAGAAGCUAACAGGAAGAAGCGAAUUCAAGAAGUGAGAGAUAUUUCUGACAACUUCUACACGCUUGUUACAGACUUUUACGAGUAUGGAUACGGAAGAUCAUUUCAUUUUGCACCCGUCUUGAGUGCAAGUAGCUCCAUGCAGGAGUGUAUUGCAGCCUACGAGAGAGAUAUAGCGAGGACUAUAAAGGCUGGACCAGGAAUGAAACUUCUGGAUGCUGGCUGCGGUGUGGGGGGACCUAUGCUGCAGAUCGCCAAGUUUUCUGGAGCUCAAGUGGUUGGCCUGAACCCCUGUGAAUAUCAGCUCAAGCGAGUGAAGUAUCACAUUGAACAAGACAAUAUGCAAAACCAAUGUAGUGGGGUCAAGGGAGACUAUCAUCACAUGGAGUUUGACGAUUGCACGUUUGACGGCGCAUAUGCCCUGGAGUCUUCUGUCUAUGCACGAGAUCCGGAACAAGUGUACAGAGAGAUACUGCGUGUACUCAAACCAGGGGCUAUCUUUGUUGAUUCUGCCUGGGCUAUGACAGAUGCCUACGACCCUCAGAAUCCAGAACAUGUGAAGAUCAAGGAAGACAUUGAGAUUGGUAAUGGAGUACCUGAUAUGAGAACCCAGGCCGUCAUAUUGGAAGCAAUCAGAAGAUCUGGAUUUGAGAUCUUAGAGUACAAAAAUGCACAGUGUGAUGGGAAACUUCCAUGGUAAGUAGUAAAGUAGAUAUGACCGUCUCUCUAGCUUGCAUUACUACAAUACAGAACUUACUUAGAAGAAAUUAACAUUAAUCCCGUGCUCUAGUUUUCUUUAACAACUCGGUGAAAUGACAGGUAUUUGAGUACUUUUUGGUUGAAGCGUAGACACAGAUUCUUGUAUGAGUUGGAAUUUCUAGCUCUUUUAAAGAAAAAAAACACGAACUUUGUAUUUCAUAACUCAGUUUCUGUGAAUUUUCUUUUGUUUUUGCCAUUAUUUGUUAUUAGGUGCAUU